UCUUUAGCUUCUCUGGCAUUAUCAGCAAUUUCACAAAUGCUUAUUUUAUUACCUAUUAAUACUCAUUCUGAUGAAGAUGAUAGUAUCAAUUCUGUAAACCUUGAGCAGAUACAAAGUAUUAUUUCUUCAAAAAUAAAUUCUGACAGUGAUCCUAAAAAGAUAAAAAAUACAUCUAAUGCAUCUAGUCAUUCUGCAACUGCCUAUAGUAAUUCUGAUGCAUGUUAA